AUGGAUGAGGAAUCCAAAAUGUUUGUACAACCUCCAAAAGAGAUUCCACCACUUGAUACCAAAUCCUUGACCAUCAAGAUAGCGAAUUCCAGCAAGAAAACAAGUAAUGGUAUUCUAAGUAACAUUGUUUCUUCAACUCAAGACUCACUAUCACAGUGCUUACUAGCAAAUUCAUUCUCAUCAUCUCCAUAUAACUCACCUUCACUCGUAUCUCCAUCAUCCUCAGCGUUUGUCUCAGCCUUGCAAUCACCUUACAUUUCUCCAAGGGCUACCUUGUUUCAUAAUUCACCCACAGAAGAUCCCACUCCCGCUGCUACACUCGCCCACCCUUCUCCCCCACUGUCAUCAUACAGUGGCUCUCAGUCUGACGACAUCCCUAGCACUUCCUACACUCCACCUCCAGAAAGGUAUGAUUUUUCUAGUGAUCCCGAUAACACAAAACUCAAAAUUGUGACCUGUGUUCCAGUACCAGGUCCAGACAAUGCUCCUCGUGUUUCAUUUUCAUUCCCUGUCCCUCGAAUUUCCUUUGCAAAAAGUUCUGUUUCGCCUGCUUCCAAUGUUAAACUUAGGAGCUGUGAUGUGUAUAUAGGAUUCCAUGGUCAAAAUCCAAACUUGGUUAGAUUCUGUAAGUGGCUUAAGUCAGAGCUGGAGCUUCAAGGCAUUGCAUGCUUUGUGGCGGACAGAGCAAGUUAUGCAGAAAAUCAGAGCCAUGAGAUUGCUGACCGAGUUAUCUGCUCGGUGACUUUUGGCGUUGUGGUCCUCACUAGGCAAAGUCUUCUUAAUCAUCUAAGUCUGGAGGAAAUAAGGUUCUUUUCACAAAAAAAGAACUUGAUUCCUCUGUUAUUUGAUAUAGACAUUAAUGAGAUAAUCAGCAUCUUUAACCGCCAUGCGGAUAAUAAGGAAUGCAAACAGGGUCUGGAUGGAUUAAUGAAGGCCCAUGAAUUGAGAGUUGAAGCCAACGAAGGUAAUUGGAGGAACUGUGUAUCAAAAGCUGCUGGAAUUUUGAGGACAAGGCUUGGAAGGAAGAGCGUGAUUGAGAAGGAAAUUGAAGGUUUUGAUGAGUUUCCAUUCCCAAGAAAUCGAUGUUUUGUUGGAAGGGAGAAGGAAAUCUUGGAAAUUGAGACUGCAUUUUUUGGUUGUGGGGACAGUUCUGAGCAAGAGGGUAUGGUGACAACUCUCAAAGGAGGAACAACAGGAAAAUCUGAUGAUCUUGCAGAUGAUGAAAGCGAGUUCGACACAAGCAGAGGAGGGAAGUACAUAGAUUUGGAGGUUGGGAACUUCAAGGAGCCCAAUUUAGAGAGUUGGGUGGAACCAGCUGUUGCAAGGAAUUCAUUAAAAAGGCCCAAAUAUAAAAAGUCAAGGAGCGGAAAGUAUAAUAGUUGUGGCAGCAGUAUUGUAUGCAUUAAUGGAUCACCAGGGGUUGGAAAGACAGAACUUGCUCUGGAAUUUGCUUACAGGUAUUCCCAGAAAUACAAAAUGGUUUUCUGGAUUGGUGGCGAAGCUCGAUAUUUCAGGCAGAAUAUAUUGAACAUUUCACUCAAUUUGGGCUUGGAUGUAAGUGCAGAUCCAGAGAAGGAAAGAGGAAGAAUCCGAAGCUUUGAUGAGCAGGAAACAGAAGCAUUCAAGAGAGUAAAAAGAGAUCUUUUCAGGGACAUGCCCUAUCUACUCAUCAUUGAUAAUUUGGAGACUGAGAAGGAAUGGUGGGAAGGCAAAGAUCUGCAUGAUCUGAUCCCGGCUAAUACCGGAGGCACCCAUGUGAUUAUCACAACUAGGCUGUCAAGAGUAAUGAACUUUGAUCAAAUGCAGAUUCAGCCGUUGCCACUUUCUGAUGCAAUGCUAUUGAUUGGAGGAAGACAAAAGAAGGAAUAUCCGGCUGCAGAGGUAGAGAUUCUUGGGAAGUUUGAUGAGAAGUUGCGGAGGUCAAGUUUCGGACUUUGGCUAGUUGGUUCACUGCUUUCUGAACUUGCAAUUUCUCCUGCUACCCUAUUUGAAGCUGUAAAUCAGGUCCAAGUUGAAGAAGCAACGUAUUCAAACUUGAGCAUUGCAGAUCAGCAAUUCUGUAGAACCAAUCCUUUCCUGAUGAAAGUCCUGGGAUUUUGUGCUGCUGUCUUGCAGCAACCUACCGAUAGCACAAACCUUCUUGCCUCUAGAAUGCUUCAGGUUGGAGCUUGGUUUGCUACAGCACCCAUUUCAGCAAAUUUAUUGGCCGUUGCAGCAAAGCACAUGCCUGCCUCCAAAAAUAGGUUGAAGAAGUGGUCGACUAGCAUGAAACUCACUUUCGGGUGUUGCUCGGGCUGUUGUUUAGCUAACCAGGGAUGGACUGGCGAAGAGGAAUCAGCCUAUCUCUUAGUUAAAAUGGGUUUGGCACGGAAAGCAAAGAGGCAGCCUGGAUACUGGAUACAAUUUCACCCCAUUACUCAGAUAUAUGCAAGGAGGAUUAAAGACGGACUGGUUGCAGCCAAGGCAACCGUUCAAGGUGUGAGGAAAUUUGGGGACACACUUCUGAAUUUAGAGCAUUUAUGGGCUUCUGCAUUCAUCGUGUUUGGAUUCAAAUCUGAACCCCCAGUCGUCCAGCUCAAGGCAAUGGACAUGGUUCUUUUCAUUCGAAGGACAGCUCUCCCUCUGGCACUGAGAGCCUUCACUAUAUUUUCAAGAUGCAACUCAGCAUUAGAGCUGCUCAAGGUCUGUACUAAUGUUCUUGAAGAGGUGGAGAAAACAUUUGUUUCUCAAAUACAGGACUGGUGCCACGGUUCUCUUUGUUGGAAAAAGAGGCUACAACCCAAUCAAAGAGUGGAUGAAUACGUAUGGAAAGAAGUGACAUUGUUGAAGGCUACACUGCUGGAGACCAGAGCAAAAUUGCUGCUUAGAGGAGGCCAUUUUGAUAGUGGGGAAGAGCUUUGCAGAACUUGUAUCAGUAUUAGGACAGUAAUGUUGGGGCACAGCCAUGCUCAUACUUUGGCUGCUCAGAAGACACUGGCAAAGUUAGUUAGGAUGAGAAGCAAGACGUGA